AUGAGCAUCCCUAAAUUUACUAUGUCAAAAUAAGUACGAUACUGUACAUUAAUUACUUUGAAUUACCAUCCAUUAUGUUUAUUACUAAACCAAAACACUAAAUUUUCAGAUAUAAUGAAAUUAAUUAAAAUUGGUUGGAGAAGAAAUUUGAAAUCCUUAAGACUCUUUAAACCAGAUGGAACAGAAGUUGAAGAAGGAGAUUUGAUUAACAUAAAAAGAGGUACAACACUAUAUGCAGAAUUAAGUAAUGAAGAUAUUAAACCAAAUAUUAUCUAAUAAUAAUAUGAUAUCAUUAAAAAGAUUGGAGAGGGUGGUUAAGGAAUUGUACUACUUGGAAAGCAUAAAAAUACAAAAGAAUUAGUUGCUUUGAAAGUAAUUACUUUGAAAACAUGGUAAGGUUAAGAAACAAAAGGAAUUUCCUAAGAAUAAUAAAUUUUAAAUGUAUUAGAUCAUAAAAACAUUGUCAAAUUGCAUUAAAGUUAUGUUACAUAAAAUUAAAGAGAAAUAAUAAUGGUUAUGGAAUACUUAAAUGGUGGAUCACUCUUAAAUUAAGCUAAUUGUAUAUACUUAUUUUUUAUAUAUUAUUAUAGCCAAAUUAAGUGAAGGAGAUGCAAAAUCAUAUUCAAAAUAAAUAGUAGAUGCAAUUGCUUAUUGUCAUGAAAAUAAUAUUGUUCAUUGUGAUUUAAAAUUAGAAAAUAUAAUGUUAACUGCUCCAAAUUCUAAAGAAGUAGUUUUUUUAAUUAAAAAUUAGAUAAAAAUAAUUGAUUUUGGAGUUUCUAGUUAUGCUGGACAAUAAAUAUUAACUGAUAGUGUAGUAGGUACCUUAUCUUAUCUUGCUCCAGAAGUAUUGUCCUCUUAAUAAUACAAAUGCAUUUAACCAUCCUAAGAUGUAUGGGCAGUUGGAUGCAUUAUUUAUGGAUUGGUUUUUGGAAGACUACCUUUUGAUGGAUCUAAUCCUUCUGAAACGUAUAGAAAUAUCAUAUAAUGUAAUUAUGGUAUCCCAAAGAAAAAUGUCUCUAUUGAAUUAAAAAAUCUUUUAAGUUAGAUAUUUGUUAAUCAUCCAAAAGAGAGAUUAAAUAUCUUUGAUAUUUAGAAUCACUCUUGGUUUAAAGAAUAGCCUAAAUUAUUUAAAUUACCUUUUCGAAAUGGUAGAUCAUCAAGUGUUAGUAAAUUAAAUUCUUAUAGAUAAUAUUAAGAUGAAGAUUAAAUAAUAGUUGUUAGUUAAAGAAAGAUUGUCUGUAGUAGAAGAUCUAUUACUAGAUGUGAUAAGGUUUUGUUUUUCAAUAAAAUGAAAUGA